AGGCGCGCGUGCGCGUCUUUAAUACUCCUCCCCAAACUGCCAACUCUUCGCUCAUGCGAGGUAGGCGUCCCUGGCUGGGUUUACGCGUGCGCACUAACUGGCUUGGGCUCGGAAGACCAAGCGCCUGCGCAGUGAGGACUACGGUGACAGUCUGGGGUGGGGCGCAGUCCAAUCAUGGCGGAGCCUUGGUCCGGGCAGUCCUUGCAGGCUGUACCGGCCACGGUGCUGGGCGCACUGGGCACCCUAGGCAGCGAGUUCCUGCGGGAGUGGGAAGCGCAGGACAUGCGCGUAACUCUCUUCAAGCUGCUGUUGCUGUGGUUGGUGUUAAGUCUCCUGGGCAUCCAGCUGGCGUGGGGCUUCUACGGGAGCACGGUGACCGGGCUAUAUCACCGCCCAGGUCUGGGCGGCCAGAACGGAUCCACACCUGAUGGCUCCACGCAUAUCUCUGCUUGGGAAACGGCAGCAAAUGAAUCUCUCAAAACCCACAGAGAAUAA